AUGAGUAGAAAAAGAAGAAAAAGCUGCAAGGGCAGAAAGAGCUUUGAUUCCAGAGAAUAUGAACAGUUGUCACCUAUUUGUAAAUGCCAGCAAAAUGUAGGAAGCCUUGAAAAUAAAGCAGAUGAGGCUCUGGCUCACUUAGCUGAGCCACUGGAUGUAAAGGGUACUGAAGAAGAUGGAAAAUAUCAUGAAAACAAGAAUCAGAGUAGCUCAGAUGCAUCUGAAGAUAGAGACCUUGAUAACGUAUCAGACAGCGAAAAAGAAGGAAAGAAGGAAAAGAACUACACUCCUCAAAUGUUUUCUCCUCAGCAAGAUGAAAUCCUAGCUACAGUAACUUUUGGUGAAUCAGAGGGCUCAUCCACAGGAAAAAUUACACUGUGGGGCAAGCCAGACUCUGCAGAAUUCGUUAGUUUGGCUACUGGAAAAAUUACUGCAGAAGUAAAAUAUGGUUCUUUUAAUGUGAAAGUAGAAGUUAAGAAUGUUUCUGUGCUUGAUUCUGGAACAAACCUUGUAGUUGAAAAAAGGAAAAGUUCAAAGAACAAUAAACGUUGUCAUGAAAGACAAUACCAGAAAAGCCAGUGUUCAAAGUGUUCGAAGUACCAGUGUCCUUCAACUGACCAUUCAGCAGAACACAAAGGGAAUUAUAAGGGAUCCUCUAAACAUAAAAUUCGAACUGCCAUAAACAAAAAUGCCUGCCUGAAAAUGAACAUUGAAGCAAAGGAAAUUAAAGUGGAAUAUACCAGCAGAAAGAAAAAUCUAAAGGUCAAUAUCAAACCUGGUGAAGAGGCACAGAGCAAAAACGGCAACAGGGAACAUGAAGACACAUAUUGGAGCGAAACAGACUAUUCUGUAACAGAGGCACCUUGCAAUACAGAUUCUAGUAAUACCUUGAAUAACCCAAACACCGGGAAGGAGUGUAUCAGUAGGAACAAUGUAUUAAGUCAAGAAAGAAAGAACUGUGAGAAAUGCAGAGACAUGGGGCAAAAACCAGCAAGACGAAAGUCUUUCCCAGAUACUACCCUUGAUGUACCCUUACCAGCUCGCCCUAGAAGGGAUUCUGGCUUUUGUUCAUUGCCAUCCUUAAAAAUGUUGCCUAAGGAGACCAAAAUAGGAGAUAUCUGUAACAGGAACUCACAUGUUCAUACCAGCUAUACAGAACUUUCUAACUGUUCUGACUUGACCUCCUCACUGAAAAGUUUGAGAGGUCUGAAGUCUUCAUAUCAGUAUGCUUUCACAUCAUUUGAUCAUAAUAUUACCAUUUAUCCAUCUGAGCCUGAAGAAAGUCUAGAUGACACUUGUUUACUGAAUGACUAUGCAGACUAUGGAGGGCAAGGCGAAGAAACAGAAGAAACAUUGAUGGAGAGUUUUCAUUCCAGUGGUACUACAAAUGAGAAAAAAGAAAAUGGGCAUGAGGAGCCUCUGAGAAACCUAGCCAUAUGGGAGGAAGACUCUGAGUCUACCGAAGAUGCUUUAGAUGAAGGGACACCAGAGUACAACCAUCAAGAAAACCAUGUUGAAGUGCAGAACAAAGGUCAGCUGGUACACGUCUUUCCACAUUGUAGAAGUCCUUCAGGUGAAUUUAUUAAUGACAAGGAAAGUACUAAUUAUGCAUCUACAGAAAGCACCCCAAAACAACUCCCAGCUUUACAGCAAAAUGUUCACCAACCCCCUGCAGAGCUUGAGGUAACAAAGAAAAGGAGAGGGUCAGUAAUGACCGUGAUAACUGGAGAACUAGAACGAAGACUCAUCCAAGGUGACACUAAAUUGAUACCCGAUUCUUUCAACUCUGCAGUAAGAAAAGAGCCUAAACUUCCCUGUAGUAUACAAGAAGAAUCCUUGCUGUCAUCCUUGCUCUUAGAUCCUGAGGAGCACGACAUAAAUAAUGAAUCAGAAAGCUUUUCUGAGAUACCAGACAUAUCUGGGAAUAUCCUUGUUGAAUCCGAUUACCAUAAUGAUUCAGCACAGGCUGCCAUAUUAUCUACCUCAUCAGCAUAUACAGAAAACAAAGAGAAUUUCACAGAACAUUCAAAUGUCAAGGAAAGACCAGAGAACUUUUGCAGUAAACAGUCAACUGAUGAUAGCUUAAAGAGAGAGCCUGGAGUACAUCAGCUACCUCAGUUAGCCAAAUCCAACCCUGAUGAAGUUGAGAAAAAGAUUGAAAUUUCAAAAGAAGAUUUUCAUCAGAAUGCAGACCUCCCCCCAUUAUCAGUAAAACAGAUUAGUCAGAAAGACUUGAAAUCAGAAAUGAAUAAAACCAGAAAGCUACCUUUGAUGAAAGACACCAGAGCGAGUGAUAGUUCCCAAGAAGAAGCAAUAGACCAGUGGGCCAGGAGACGGAAACAGUUCAAAGACAGCAAAAAAUGCAGUUCAACUGGAGGAAGCUCCAUAAACAGCACAAUCACUGAGGGAUCAAUAAAUUCAGAGGAUGCUCGGUCAGUAGAUCUGGGACUACAUUCUGAAAACGAGGACAGAGGUUUUUAUACAGAAAACUUUCAUUCUGCUUCCUGGGUUUUCAGAGGAGAUGAUGUCUCUCCGGAUAACAGUCCUAGAUGCCUCAGCAAAAGGCCUAGACCAGUUGCAAUUCGUGAAAGAACGGUGAAGAUCGCUAAAGGAACCGGCAAUUACCCUUGGGGUUUCAGGAUCCAGUUCUCAAAGCCUAUCCUUGUGACUGAAGUUGACACAAACAGUGCAGCUGAAGAAGCAGGGCUUCAGGUCGGGGAUAUUCUGAUAGCCGUCAAUGGAACUGAUGUCACCAGCAUGCCACAUUCAGAAGCUGCCAAUCUGGCAAGGAAAGGUCCUGAUACCCUGACUAUGGUGGUGGGAUCAGAUAUCAGCCGUUACCCUAACACCCCCAGACCUACCUGCCGAGGAUAUUUGCAUAAACGAACACAGUCAGCGAUACUGAAGGGCUGGAGAAAGAGGUGGUUUGUGCUGAAACAUAAUGGCUACCUACACUAUUACAAACACAAAAAGAACCACGUGUGGGUAGAUGUCACACUGCAUAACACUACACUUCCACCCUUGGCUAUCAAAAACCCAGAGUGCCUGGGGCUUCUCCACCAGCUGGACAGAAGCAAAGAUGUCUGGAUUCAGCACUACUGCAUUCUGAAGGAUGGCUGUUUGUACUUCUAUGCCACUCUCCGGUCUACACCUGCGCAAGGUGGCCUUUACCUACAGGGUUAUAUUGUGAGUGAACAAUCUCUAGGCUCCAAGAGAUCUGUAAUUGAACUCAAACCUCCAUCUGAAGAAUUUAAAACUUUCUACUUAUGUGCAGAGAACGUAAAUGAAAACAAAAGCGUUAUUAUGUGCCAGCGAUCAGCAAGGACAACUAACGAUUUUCCUGUAAGGAAAUUUGGCGUCAUGUAUGUGUUGGUCAAAACCCCACAGAGCAAAAAGACGACUUGCUGGUGGCCCAGUGAACUGGCCACUGAAAAAACACUCAUUAAACAGCAUGCAGCAAAAGGGUUCACCUCAGAGGUCAAAAACUUUCAAGUCGAAUGUGGGACACGUACAAAGAAAGCUGGAGAGCAAGAAGUUCAUGAAAAUGCGUAUGCAUUAGUAAGCUUCCAGAUGACCUUGGAGUGUCAGUGUGGAUACCUGCAGAUGACAGCAGGCUACGUGCUGCAGAAUGAACCGGUUGUUGCAGCAAGCCAUUGUCAACAAGCCUGGUAA